AUGGCUGGAAAUGGAUGGGCGAGAAGCUGUUGGGAGAAGAGCGGUUUGAGCCUACAGGUGCUGCUGAUCCUGUUCAAAUCCGCUCUUGCACCGACCGUAGCUCUUUGCCUGUUACUCAACGACCGCGUGGCGGCCUACUAUGGCCCAGUCGGCUAUAUCACCGCCAUCCUGUCGAUCAAUCCAGUACUGCCACAAGCUCAAUUCCUGGAGCUGAUGACCCAGCAGAGUUUUGGGAUAUGCCUUGCCACGGCAGCAACACUACUACAACUCUUUUGCGUGAUCAAAGCCCGAGAGAACACCUCCCCGCCCCUUCCGCCUCCUCCUCCAAACCUCCCACCUACCGCCGCUCUUCCGCCUGUACCGUACAACUCGUCCGCAGCCGUCGUGUCUGCUGUCUGGCUGGUCUUCUUGGUGUUCCUCGUCUGCUAUGUCCGAUCCGCCAGACCGCAGCUGACGCUGGCAUGCAUCAACACCGUUAUUGUUGUGGUUGUCACAAGCUCGAUAGGACCGACGCUACCGAAUAUGCGUGCUGCGCUCACGUUCGCCAAACAGCUGCUCGUUAUCAACCUCACGGGUCUGGCGCUGUCGGUGGCCGUCAACUUACUCAUCUGGCCAACGACAAACCGCGGAGCAUUCAAGCAAGAUUUGAGGAUGUGGCAACUGUGUAUCGAAAGGUGUCUUGCCGCACGGGCUGCGGUCAUGGACGAGCUGUGGAUGCAGCUUCGGGCUGUAAAAGAAACGGAGAAAGAGGCCGCAACAACGACGGUCCCCACAGAGGGUGUUGUUGACACUGCUAGCCCAACACAGGAGCUUCUUGCUGUCGUCGACCGCAUGCAGACUGACUUGCUCUAUGCGAAGCGGGAAUUAUCAAUCAAAAAGCUUACAGCGAAUGAUCUUUCAGCGAUUCGAGCCUUGCUGUACGAGGUCUUGCAGCCGGUAAUUGGCCUGAUGUCCGGCGCUGAUCGAGUCAAGAGGCUCAUAGCCAACGUCGACAUCCAAGCCCACUCAGAACUCCUCCUCGCUGAGCAUGCGAAAGCCACAGAGGCUCAAGGCACCCUGAUCGACAUUCUGCAACAUUCUCUCCAGAUUUUAGGCAUAGCACAAGGUUCUCGACUAGAUGAGGAGGCGACUAUGGGAGGUCUCCAAUCACUCGAGAAUCGAGUACAAAUUCUGAGGGAGAUGCGCCGUGAGAGGAUUGAAGCAUGGCAGCAUGAAUACGGUUCGCACACAGAUAAGGGCAGCAUGGAGAGCGAGCAGUCUCUUUUGUUUGUCGUGCUCGAUGUGGGUUUUGUUGCGACCUACUUCUCUCCAGACUUUGACUGA